AAGGGAAGACAAAACCAGGAAGGGAAGAGGGUGAGGUUGUUUAGGUAAGGUUCACAUGUCAUCUUUGCCGCUGGGACCUCAUCAUCGUCCGGAGCACGAGGAGGCGUCGACAGUUGUCAAUCGUCGGUCGGAGAUAGAAGAGAAGUCUCCAGGCUACCUUUGAUGAAAUGGGGAAUGGCUAUUCUCAUUGUUUUGAAAGGAGCAUUGCUCAUGAAGUCCAACAUGUUGGAUUGAGGUGCAGAGGAAUUAUCGGCAGCAGGCCAAGGAAGCCUCAGUUGUGGAAGGGAAUGGCCCGGUCACUGGACACAUCAUCUCAACCACGAUUGGAGGGAAAAAUGGUGAAGCCAAACAGACUGUCAGUUACAUGGCAGAACGUGUUGUUGGAAGUGGAUCUUUUGGAAUUGUCUUUCAGGGGUGACUGUUGCUAUAAAGAAGGUUUUGCAGGACAGAAGAUAUAAGAAUCGUGAACUGCAACUGAUGCGGUCCAUGGACCACCCAAAUGUGGUAUCUCUGAAGCAUUGCUUCUUUUCCACUACUAACAGAGAUGAACUUUUUCUUAACCUGGUUAUGGAGUACAUUCCUGAAUCACUCUACCGUGUUCUGAGGCACUACAGUAAUGCGAACCAACGAAUGCCAAUUAUCUAUGUGAAGCUUUAUAUGUAUCAGAUAUUCUGGGGGCUAGCAUACAUUCAUGCUGUUCCAGGAGUUUGUCAUAGAGAUGUCAAGCCCCAGAACCUCCUGGUUGAUCCUCUUACUCACCAAGUCAAACUUUGUGAUUUUGGGAGCGCUAAGGUCUUGGUAAAGGGAGAAGCAAACAUAUCUUACAUCUGCUCUAGAUAUUACCGAGCUCCUGAGCUCAUAUUUGGUGCGACAGAGUACGCUACAUCAAUUGAUAUAUGGUCAGCAGGAUGUGUUCUUGCUGAGUUGUUACUUGGUCAGCCACUGUUUCCUGGUGAAAGUGCUGUGGAUCAACUGGUUGAGAUAAUAAAGGUUCUUGGCACCCCUACUCGAGAAGAAAUUCGUUGCAUGAAUCCCAGCUACACCGAAUUCCGAUUUCCUCAAAUAAAAGCUCAUCCAUGGCAUAAGGUUUUCCAUAAGCGAAUGCCUCCCGAAGCUAUAGAUCUGGCAUCAAGGCUUCUUCAGUACUCUCCAAGUCUUCGGUGCACUGCUCUUGAAGCAUGUGCCCAUUCCUUCUUUGAUGAGCUACGGGAACCCAAUGCCCGGUUACCAAAUGGCAGGCCGUUCCCUCCUCUUUUCAACUUUAAACAAGAGUUAGCAGCUGCGUCACCAGAGCUCAUAAGCAAGCUGAUACCUGAACAUGUGAGAAGGCAGGCCGGUCUUAGUUUCCUUCAUCCUGCUGGUACUUAAGAAUGGCAUUAUUUUUAAACUGGAUUAAGUUGAAAUGGAGAGGGAAGGUGACCGUUGAGCUUUCACGAACCUAAAGUGUAUAGCAAAUGAAUCUCUGCAUUGGAGUGAAAUGGUCAGCUACUGUUUUUGUGCCUCCUUCCAGAUUUUCAAUUAAUCAGCACCUCCUAUUAAACAACAAUGGGAUCGGAGAAAAAAUUAUUUUAUGAUCAGAUUGGUUGUUGGCCGGCGAAAAGCAAACUCAGGUGCUGGAAUGGGUCUGUACUCUGUUGUAUCAUUAAGCAAAAUGUCUUGUAUCUUGUUCAUGCAAUUGUAGCUGUAGUGCAAGUAUUCAUUAACUUUAUUUCAAUGGCUUUAAUCUUCUGAUUCAUGU